AUGGCCAUCCUUUACGGCUCAGAGACAGGAAAUGCUGAGGAAAUCGCAAUAGAGCUCGAGGACAUGGCACGGAGGCUGCACUUUCAUACCAGGAUGGAUGAGAUGGAUAGCUUUAAACUGUCAGACCUCUUGAAAGUCUCACUGGUGGUCUUUGUAACUUCCACAACUGGGCAAGGUGACAUGCCCACAAAUACUCUAAAUUUCUGGAAAAAUCUUAGGCGAGAGAAACUUAAUAACAGCAACUGCCUCGGACCUGUCAAGUUUGCGAUAUUCGGCCUUGGUGACAGCGGUUAUCGAAAGUUCAACUGGGCAGCACGGAAGUUGCAAGUGAGGCUGCUGCAGCUUGGGGCAACAGAGUUCUUUAGGGCUGCCGAGGCAGACGAGCGCCACAACAACGGCAUCGACAGCAUAUACCUUCCCUGGAAAGAAGAGUUCAAGGCCGCUUUGUUGGAGAAAUACCCACUUCCCGAAGGAACAGCGCCCAUUCCCAACGACCAGCUUCUUCCACCAAAGUAUUCAGUACGGGUUAUGCCGACAAUGGAGCCCCUUCCAGCAGACAAAAGCGCCACCCAAAGCGCCCUUUACUCCCAUGUCGACAACCCCGCGCCUCUAUCCCAGCGUCGGUUCGAACACAACCAGCGACAAGAUGCCACUUUCCCCGCCUGGGAAGCCCGGGAAGACCAAAGCUGGGAGGUCCGAACGGGAACGCCAGUCGACGUCCUAGACAAGAACAAUAUCCUCAAAGACCACCCAUCCAAGUACUCUCUCGAGACGACCAAGAAGGUCGGUCCGAGAACUCCUCUACCAACCAGACUGGCAAUUCCUCAAGGUGUAUUCGCCAAAGUGGUUGACAACGCCAGAGUCACCCCCUUUGACCACUGGCAAGACGUCCGCCACAUUGUCUUUGACGUCUACGGCGGCGAGAAACUCAUCAGCAAGGUCAGCGACAUGCGCGGCCAAUCGAUACUGUCGAUCUACCCAAAGAACUACCCCGAGGACGUCCAAGAGCUGAUCAACCUCAUGGGCUGGAACGACGUUGCUGACAAACCCCUGGACAUGUCCAACAAACCAAAGCGUGUCUUUGACAGGGUAGACGGCCAGUCCUCCACCCUCCGCGACAUUCUGACGGACAACCUCGACAUCACCGCCAUCCCGAAACGGAACUUUAUCCGCGAGCUGACCUUCUUCACCAAGAACCGAGACGAAGUCGAGCGUCUGUGGGAAUUCCUCCUCCCGGGCAACGAGCAAGAAUUCUACGACUACACCUCCCGCCCCCGCCGCACCAUCCUCGAGCUCCUCUCUGACUUUCCCGGCGUGAAAAUCCCGGUCGAGCGAGUCCUCGAUUUGUUUCCCGUUAUUCGCCAUCGAGACUUUUCCGUCUGCAACGGGGGAGCCUCUUUGACCGAAAACCAAUACGACCCUGACGCCCCGAACGGGACUCUACCUGUUUUUCCCCUUCGAAUUGAGAUUCUGGCUGCGCUGGUGGAGUACAAGACCAUUAUUCGGAAACCGAGACAGGGGCUCUGCUCGAGGUAUUUGAAGUAUCUUGCAAGGGACACGCCCUUGACGGUGAGGAUCAGCCCGUCGAGGGGGGAGAAUGUGAUGAUGCCGUUACCGACGGCGGUGCAGAGGCCGCUUAUUGCUGUGGCGACAGGGACGGGGAUUGCGCCCAUUAGGGCGUUGAUUCAGGAGAGGUUGGAGUACGAGGUGGAUACUCAGGUGGGGGAGACGGUGCUGUUUUAUGGGGGGAGGAAUAGGGAUAGGGAUUAUCACUUUGGGGGGGAGUGGGAGUAUAUUAAGGGGUUGACGGUGUUUCCUUGCUUUUCGAGGGAUGAGGAGGAGCCGGCGGCGACAGAGAAGAAGAAGGAGGAGGAGGAGAAGAAGAAGGGGGAGAAUGUAUGGGAGAAGCCGAUCAAAACGGGGGAGGAGGAGAAUGUGGAGUUUGGGAUUGUGGAGGAGAUGGAUCCGGAUAGAGGGAAGAGGUAUGUGCAGAAUGAGAUUAGGAAGAGGGCGAAGGAGGUGGCGGGGUUGAUGAGACGGGGGCCGGUGGUGGCUGUUUGUGGGAGUGCGGGGAAGAUGCCGAUUGCGGUGAGGAAGGCGUUUGUUGAUGUGCUGGUGGGCGAGAAGCUUGUGAGGGAUAGGGAGGAGGGGGAGAGGUGGUUGGGAAUGAGGGUGGUUUAUUGGGAGGAUACGUGGUGA